GAGAAACACAGAGCGCUCUUGUGCUCAGACUCAGAUGACGCCUGACGGCGACAUGAUGGGAGCGUCGGGUCUGUUCGGCGUUCGCUGAAGAACUGAAGCGAUCGCGUUUGGUUUCGGCGCGAACAUCCAGAACAUACACCGAGAAUCCAGGACUAGUAUGAUCGUUAAAGUUUGAAGCGAAUAUCAAUGUAGAGUAUGAUGCUCGUAUUUGUUGCCCUGUUGGGCAUUCCAGCAGCGAUAAUUUCAACCCUGAUAAACAGCAUGCUAAUUCAACUUGAUAAAGUUCAACGCCCAAAGCAAAGCUAUACAAGCCUGUUAGAUGUUAGCGGAAGGCCCAUCCAUUUUACAACCAUCCUGGUUUUCAGCAUUCACCAAGUUUCCAGGUCAUGCACUAGGAAGAAAAAUGGUCAACUUCUCCAAGAAACUGACAACAGAUCAAAUUCCAGGAUGGGAGGAGCAUUACUUCAACUACAAGCUCUUGAAGGAUAGAGUAAAAGAAUAUACAGAGCAGACAAAAGAAGGCAACCGCGAUCGCAGGUGUGUUUUGAAGGACUUCUCAAAGUUACUUGAUGAUGAGAUUGAAAAGAUUGUGCUGUUCAUGAUAGAACAGCAAGGACUGAUUGCAGAAAGGCUUGAAGUUUUAGGGAAGAAAAAGGCAAGACUUCAAGAUUUACCACUUCUACAGGAGAUAUCUGAACUAAGAGAAGGUUACAGGGAAGUUGGCCUGGAUCUUGUGAAGCUCCUAAGAUUUGUCGAUAUUAACGCCAAUGCAGUCCGUAAGAUACUGAAGAAAUUCGAUGAACGCUUGGGUUAUAAAUUUACAGAUUAUUAUGUCAGUAGCAGAUCAAACCACCCUUAUUCUCAGCUCCAGCAGGUUUUCAAGCAUGUGGGUAUUGGAGCUGUUGUUGGAGCAUUGUCUCGCAACCUUGGCGAUCUUGAGGAGCGUGAAGGAAGCUAUCUGAAUAUCUAUGACCAGCACCCACUGGCCAUUCCAAAGGACCCGAUAAUUGAUCUGAUAAAGGCUACAGCUGACAAGCUCACGAACUCGACGAACCUCCUGCGGUUCUUGGGGCAGCACGCGCUUAUCGCCCAAGAGGACACCACAGGUUCAGAGGUCGAACACAUCGAGGAAGGCAAGUACCAUUUCAUCUCCCUGGUGCUGAACCUGGUGAACACCUUCCUGUACAUGGUCAACACCUACAUCAUCGUCCCGACCGCCGACGACUACGCCACCAGCCUCGGCGCCGCCGCCACGGUGUGCGGCGUCAUCAUCGGGUCCAUGGCGGUCGCACAGAUCUUCUCCUCGGUCUACUUCAGCGCGUGGUCCAACAGGUCAUACUUCAGGCCGCUGCUGUUCAGCAGCGUCGUGCUGCUUCUCGGCAAUGUGUUGUACGCUCUGGCCUACGAUCUUAACUCCCUGGUGAUCCUCCUCGUCGGCCGGCUCCUGUGCGGAUUUGGAUCUGCGAGAGCCGUGAACAGGAGGUACAUCAGCGACUGUGUUCCUCCUAGGAUCCGGAUGCAGGCUUCUGCAGCAUUCGUCAGUGCUAGUGCUCUCGGAAUGGCCUGCGGUCCUGCGCUUGCCGGCCUGCUUCAGACAAACUUCAAGGUGUCUGUUCUCACCAUCAACCAAGCCACCUUGCCUGGCUGGGUCAUGGCGUUUGGGUGGUUCGUGUACCUGAUCUGGCUGUGGAUUUCGUUCAGAGAGCCAGCUCUUGAUCCUGACGUGAAAGAUUUCCGUGAGGGUUCCUCUAGCAGCUCUAGUGCAAGAUAUUUGGAGCACGAAGAAAUGGAGCAGGGCCUUGCUGAACAACUGAUGCCUUCAUACGAAGAUGACCAGACCAGUCAGGGUGGAAGAUUGUCUGCACCAUCUACUCUUAGGCCGGCUUCUUCAGUUGUUUCAGCUUACAGAUUACUCACACCGUCAGUAAAGGUCCAGCUGCUGAUCUACUUCAUGCUGAAAUACGCGAUGGAGAUCCUGCUGUCGGAGUCGAGCGUGGUAACCAGCUACUACUUCGGGUGGAACACCAGCACCAUCGCCGUGUUCCUCGCCAUCCUGGGGCUCACCGUCCUGCCCGUCAACGCCGUCGUCGGCACCUACAUCAGCAACAUGUUCGAGGACAGGCAAAUCCUGCUGGCGUCGGAGGUGGUGCUGCUGGCGGGGGUCCUGCUGAGCUUCCGCGUGGCGGGCACGUACACGGUGGCGCAGUACAUGUGCUCCGCGCUGCUGACGUUCGUGUCCGCGGAGGUGCUGGAGGGCGUGAACCUGUCGCUGCUGUCGCAGGUGAUGUCGUCGCGGCUGUCGCGCGGGACGUACAACGGCGGCCUGCUGUCGACGGAGGCCGGCACGCUGGCGCGGGUGGCCGCGGACGGCACCAUCACGCUGGCCGGCGGGCUACUCGGCCGGGCCGCGCUCCUCAACGCCACGCUGCUGCCGUCCCUGCUCAUCUGCCUCGCCUCCAUCGCCGCCACCAUGUCCACCUACAACUCGCUCUUCUACUAGCUUACCCGGGUGGCUGGCGACCUGGCGGGUGUUUUUGCUAGCGUGUGUGCGGUGUUGUGCAUUGAGAGAGAGAGAGAGAGGGAGACGUGACACGUUUGUGAAGUUUUAAUC